CGCGCUGCCCUUUCCGCGGCCGGCUGGUUUCUCGGUGUGUUUUGUUUGCGACGCUGUCGUGCAACAGCGCGCUUUACGGCCGCAGGGACGGAGCGAGCCGGCGCCAGGGCCACUCCGGCCGGGGAGCAGGGCGGGCGGGUGAGGUUGAUGCCCGGCGGCGGGGCGAGCGCGGCGUCUGGCCGGCUCUUCACCGCCGCAGAGCAAAGAGGAACCCGGGAAGGGGCGGGGUCGGCGUCCAGGUGCGGCCCGGGGGUCUCCGGCUCCGGCAGCGGCAGAGGCGGAGCGGGCGUCCCCGGGCCGGGGAGUGGAGGCCCGGGGGGCCCUGCGGGCAGGAUGAGCCUGACCCCGAAGGAACUCUCGAGCCUGCUGAGCAUUAUCUCGGAGGAGGCGGGCGGCGGCAGCACCUUCGAGGGCCUGUCUACCGCAUUCCACCACUACUUCAGCAAGGCCGACCACUUCCGCCUGGGCUCGGUGCUGGUCAUGCUGCUGCAGCAGCCAGACCUGCUGCCCAGCGCGGCGCAGCGCCUCACGGCGCUCUAUUUGCUCUGGGAGAUGUACCGCACCGAACCGCUUGCCGCCAACCCCUUCGCCGCCAGCUUCGCGCAUCUGCUCAACCCCGCGCCGCCCGCCCGCGGCGGCCAGGAACCCGACCGGCCGCCGCUCUCAGGCUUUUUACCUCCUAUAACUCCACCAGAAAAGUUUUUUCUUUCCCAGCUGAUGCUGGCACCCCCAAGGGAACUCUUCAAAAAGACCCCUCGACAGAUUGCCUUGAUGGAUGUCGGAAAUAUGGGCCAGUCCGUGGACAUCAGCGGGCUUCAGCUAGCCUUGGCCGAACGCCAGUCUGAGCUGCCAACUCAAAGUAAAGCCAGCUUCCCCAGCAUUCUCAGUGACCCAGACCCGGAUUCUUCGAAUUCUGGAUUCGACAGCUCGGUUGCCUCUCAGAUCACGGAAGCUUUAGUCAGUGGACCAAAGCCACCUAUUGAAAGCCACUUCCGGCCGGAGUUCAUUCGCCCACCACCUCCCUUGCACAUCUGCGAGGACGAGCUGGCCUGGCUAAACCCCACCGAGCCUGACCACGCGAUUCAGUGGGACAGGUCGAUGUGUGUGAAGAACAGCACUGGUGUGGAAAUCAAACGAAUAAUGGCCAAAGCCUUCAAGAGCCCCUUAUCUUCUCCUCAGCAAACACAGGAAGGGACGCCGGGCCCACCUUCCAGCUGCUUCGUGCUAGAUUCAAGAUUCAACUACAGGACUCUUCCUGGGGGAAAGGUGGGCCACUGCAGCUGCUUCCCGUGGCUCCUGGGAGAGUUGGAAAAAGACCCCAAACUCGUUUAUCAUAUUGGUCUCACUCCAGCCAAACUUCCUGACCUAGUGGAAAACAACCCUCUAGUCGCUAUAGAAAUGUUGCUGAAGCUAAUGCAGUCAAGCCAGAUCACGGAGUAUUUUUCAGUUCUGGUCAAUAUGGACAUGUCCUUACAUUCAAUGGAAGUUGUAAACCGACUUACUACAGCUGUUGAUCUGCCUCCUGAAUUUAUUCACCUUUAUAUAUCAAAUUGCAUUUCUACCUGUGAACAAAUUAAGGAUAAAUACAUGCAGAAUCGUUUGGUGCGUCUCGUGUGUGUUUUUCUCCAGUCCCUGAUCCGUAACAAAAUCAUCAACGUGCAGGACUUGUUUAUAGAAGUACAGGCCUUCUGCAUCGAGUUCAGCAGGAUACGAGAAGCUGCCGGCCUCUUCCGCUUGCUGAAGACUUUGGACACUGGGGAGGCACCUUCUGAGACCAAGAUGUCAAAGUGAUACCUCAUCCAGCCCCCCUCCAUUGCUGCACUGUACUGUGACCUGAUUCUUCAAACCCUGAGUGGAUUGCUUGGCUUAAUGGCUACAAACCCCAUUUUACCUACUUAAGGCAACAUUUUGCUUUCCUGGAUGACCUUUUUUUUUUUUAGAUGAAUUUUUGGUAAGAACUUGGAAAAUGUCCUCUAGGUGUCUGGCUCAUGAUUAUCCACAGGGGAGCAUCACCCCAGAGUUAAUACUCAAAAGUAGAUGAGGUCUCUUGCACUAAAGAUGGAGCAGGAUGCCUGGUUUGGCUUAAAACUUAAGUCACAGGCUCCUGAUAAAGCAAGAAUCCCAUUUUCCUGAGGUUCCAAUGUUAAAGCUGGAGUGAGAGAGUAAAUGAAGACAUUGUGAAGGUCUUACUGCCCAUGAGGUUUUCAAUCAUCAUAUGACAGUGCCUGACCCUUGAACUUCACAUUAGGCACAGUGACUGCAGACACAGGUGUAACUUUAUCCUUCCUCGUUGUGGGGACCUAGGAGACAAGAGAAGAAUUACACUUCUUGAGCUUCCUAUAAACACGAGGACUCUUAGAAACCUUUCUUGAGACUCUGAUAGCUGGUUUAGUUUUCUGGGCUUUUGUUCUCUUGAGACGUUCAUUCAUUCUUCUGCUGUGCAUCUAAGGCGUCAGUGCUCUGGGAGGGAAUGUGGUCACUGGGAAGCUGUCAGGUACAGUUGCUCACCGAAUGGGACCUGUGCCCCCCAACCAUGACGUUGGGGGGGCCGUUACCCCUUGUUUAACUCUGGACAACAGUGCCUUACAUUAAAGUUUUCUAUGAACUUUA